CAUGUGGUAAGAUCAGAAAAUGCUGGUAAUAAUACAUAUACUGUUCCUGCUCAGAACUGUGCGAUGCAUAGAUGAUCACAUCUUUGAGACAAAGACUGUUGAUGUUGGAGUCGAUGUGACUCUAACAUGUCCCCGCCAGAGAACUUGGCGGUCACAAUUAUUUUGGAUCAGGCUUGUUUCUGGAACCUUCCCAGAAGGUUUAGGAGGAACGUUAGCCCUUGAUUACGAGCGCGUUGAGAAAACUCGUCACAUAACGGCAAAACAAGAGCCUGGAACAUUUGCCCUGCAUAUUUCCGAAACGCAAAUAAGCGAUACUGCAGUCUACUACUGCAUAAAAGUGACACAGCUUAAAAUGACAUUUCUGAAAGGAAUAUUUCUGCAAAUCAGAGCGCCAGAACUUGAUAUCACUGCCGUCACUCAAGACCUUCUAUCUGAUCCGGUCCGUCCAGGAGACUCAGUGACUCUCCAGUGUUCAGUCCUCUCUGAAUCUAAGAACAGAGCGUGUCCAGGAGAUCACAGUGUGUACUGGUUCAGAACAGGAUCGGAUGAAUCUCAUCCCGGAUUAAUUGAUGCUCAUGGAAACAGUGGUGAUACAUGUGAAAAGAUCUCUGAAGCUCAGUCUACACAGAAAUGUGUCUACAGCUUCUCCAAGAACGUCAGCUCCUCUGAUGCUGGGACGUAUUAUUGUGCGGUGGCCACAUGUGGGGAGAUAUUAUUUGGAAAUGGAACAAAACUGGACAUUGAAGUUGUCAGCACGUGUGAUUCACAGAGGGACAAUACAAGUGUCCUUGUGUUGUGUGCGGCUUUGGGUGUAAGUCUGAUUGUUAUAGCCGUCCUUGUUUUUGUCAUUGGGAAACAAUCUUGUGAUUGUGGCACGGCUGUCAUCAGUCUGCGAACAAAUGGUGAAGCCGCCACGGGUAAUCAGCAAAGUCAGCAGACAAAUGAGAACUCUUUGCUUUAUUCUACAAUAAACUACACCAGGAAAACAGCUGGCAAAGCAGGGAGAAGGAAUGCAACAGCAAGGGAAGAGGUUAUCUACUCUGAUGUCAGGGCUUUUGUGAUACAUUAACAAUCCAAACACUGGAUUUACGAAUUGAUGGUAAUAUAAUUUUUGUGUGGCACAAUGUGUAAGAAAUGUACUGCUUUAGCAGCACUGGCACUUGCAUUUCAACU